AUGACAAAUGCAAAGAUUUUAGUAGCCCAUAUAAGUGAAAAUGAUAUCGAUGAGGCCAUCAGAAAAGUCAAGAGAGUUAAUGAAAAAUCGGGCCCAUUUGACCUAAUAGUGGUACCCAUCCAGUCGUUUGAUGAAAUGGUGAAUCUUAAUACUGAUGAUUUACCUCAAUUGCUGUUAAUAUCGUCAGAUAAGAAUAGUGGUUCAAAAUCAAAAAAAAUAAGUGAAAAUGUUACUUUACUGUAUAAUUUUGGAACAUACAAAUUAACAAAUGGUAUUACUCUUUCAUAUCUAACUUACCCACGUGAAAUACUCCAAGAGCAAAGAAAAAUUGUACUGAAUGAAUUUAGUAAAAUUGAUAGUGAAGUGGAUGUUCUCAUCACAAAGGAAUGGGGCCUACCCAUUUCCGAGAAAUGUACGAGGCUCUCUGGAAGUGAAAUUAUCGAUGAGCUAGCAAAAAAACUGCAAGCUAGGUACCAUUUUGCCUUCUCUGAUGAAAUGAGCUUUUAUGAAUUGGAGCCCUUCAAGUGGGAAAGCGGCCGUUUGUCGAGGUUUCUCAACAUCCCAAAAUAUGGGUCUGGGAAGAAAUGGGCCUAUGCAUUUAACAUGUCAAUAGAAGACAACGGGAAAGACGAAUCUGAACCGCCUAAUCUGAUAGCUAACCCCUAUAUAAGUGUGAUUACGGAUAGUAAUAAAAGGCCGUUAGAAACAGGAACAGAUAAUUUGAUUGAUGCAAGCCUACAGUUAUCUAUUAAUGGAGAAAAGAAUAAGAACAAGAAAAUUCGGACAAUUUUACCAUCCAGUUGUCAUUUCUGCUUUUCAAAUCCGAACCUUGAAGACCAUAUGAUAAUUUCAAUCGGCAAACUAGUAUAUUUGACUACAGCCAAGGGACCUUUGAGUGUACCAAAGGGUGAUAUGGAUAUUUCGGGUCAUUGUCUUAUCAUUCCUAUCGAACAUAUUCCGAAAUUGGAUCCAAGCAAGAAUGCAGAGCUAGCACAGAGUAUCUUGGCCUACGAAUCCAGCCUUGUGAAAAUGAACUAUGUAAAAUUUGAUAUGUGCACAAUUGUUUUUGAGAUACAGUCUGAACGUUCUAUUCAUUUUCACAAACAAGUUAUUCCCAUUCCCAAAUAUCUUAUCUUGAAAUUCUUCAGCGCCUUAGAUAGACAGGUUCAUUUCAAUAACGAAAAAUUCACUAGAAAUGCUAAAUUGGAGUUCCAAACUUACGAUUCACACUCCUCCAAAGAAUAUGUGGAUUUAAUCAACAAACAAUCUGUAAAUUAUUUACAAUUUACCGUUUAUGAAACACCCGAAUCACAUCCAAAAAUACACUUGGCCACAUUCAAUGCCGAUGAGACAAUAGACUUACAAUUUGGACGACGUGUCCUAGCUUUUUUGCUCAACUUACCACGUAGAGUAAAAUGGAAUUCUACUACUUGUUUACAAACCAAACAACAAGAAAGCACAGAAACAGAAAAAUUUCAGAAAGCCUACAAGGACUAUGACAUUUCGAUCACAGAAAGCUAA